ACUACACCCUGGUCGAAUAUUAAAGUGCAGUUGGGUGAUCAAACCUGAAAUACGAUUUUGUGAAAAUGAAACUUCUUAUUCUACUCACUAUAAUCAAGUUUGGAUUGUGCCAAGACAGCAUGGGAGCUUCCGUUGACAUAGUAAAACCAAAUCCAGGGUUGAGAGACUGUACUCUCCCCAGGGAGUUCACAGUGCGUGUAAGGACACACAAUGACUCCGUCACUCUUCAGUUGGAGACCAGCACGUCGGUGAAGAAAACAACCCCAGUAUAUGUAUCUAGACAGGAUGAGAAGGGGAACCCAAUCAUCGUCAGAGAUACAGUGUUGGAGCUGGAGUUUCUUUCAGGGAACAGCCGUUUACCAGGAUGUGACUCACGUUGCUAACAUUGAGGUGUCCUGUGUUAUUAAAGAGGAGAACCAACCG